CUGAAAAUAGCUAUGUCCUCCAAUAAUCCAAUUUCCAAUUUCCAAGACGUGCCUUGGAAACAACGAUUCUACAGGUCCAUGCUUGGCUACGGCAUCCACUUCUCUCGCCGUUCCGAUGGCACCAUCAACCGCUUCAUCAUGAACCUAUUCGACCUCAAAGCUCAGCCUUCCAAACAACCCAUCGACGGCGUCAUAACUUCUGACACCGUCGUUGACGCCACUCGCAACCUCUACUUCCGUCUCUUUCUUCCUUCCUUCGAACAAAACACCAACAUGCCACUCAUCGUGUACUUUCACGGCGGUGGCUUUGCAUAUAUGUCGGCGAAUUCCAUAGCUUGUGAUGACCUUUGUAGAAACCUUUGUAAGAAAACCGGUGCGGUGAUAAUAUCCGUUAAUUACAGGUUAUCCCCCGAGCAUAAAUACCCAUCUCAAUACGACGACGGAUUUGAUGUCUUGAAGUUCAUCGACGACAAAGCUAAUACCAAAAAUUUUCCUUCGAAUGUUAAUUUAAAGCAGUGUUUCAUCGCCGGUGAUAGUGCCGGUGGCAACUUGGCACACCACGUGACGGUGAAAGCGUGCGAGUAUGGAUUAAGAAACGUGAAGCUGAUAGGGUUAAUAGCAAUACAACCGUUCUUCGGCGGGGAAGAAAGGACGGAAUCGGAAAAUAGAUUAGUUGACGCGCCGGUGCUGUCAGUGAAGGGUACGGACUGGUUGUGGAAGACGUUUUUGCCGGAAGGGUCGGACCGGGACCAUCCCGCUUGUAAUGUGUUUGGGUCGAAAUCAGUUGAUGAUAUAAAGAGGUUGAAGUUUCCGGCGACGAUGGUGGUGGUCGGAGGGGUUGACCCGUUGUAUGAUUGGCAAAUAAGGUACUAUGAAGGUUUGAAGAAAUGUGGGAAAGAAGCAUAUCUGAUUGAGUAUCCAAAUGCUUUUCACUCAUUUUAUGGUGCACCUGAAUUGAAAGAAUCUGGUUUGUUAAUGGAGGAAGUGAAAGAUUUCAUAGGGAAAUUAAUUAAAUAAGUUGAUAUCCAGGUUUUUAGAA